AUGAGUGCUUUAACAUUUCCAUUUAUAGGAUUCCUAUUUGUAGUCAUUUGGGUGGCUGAAUGUGUGAAUUUGACCGGGGAGAGUUUUGACAUUUCAGGGCAAGGAGAUUCUCGUUGCUCUUCCUUCCAGUUUCACUUUGACGACGUUCCAGCGAAUAUUAUCGUUCCUAGCGACGCGAUAAAGGUGACAGCGCUAGCAUGUGCUGGGCAGUCCAUAUGGACCUCCAAGGAUGGCAGAGGGUGUGCACUGAUAACUCUCUUUUUUAGGGGCCAAGAGACGGUCCUUGUGGACAUAAUAAAGGACGAUCCUGGUAAGAACAUGGUUAGUCUACUCAAUGACGGUGGAGCCUGGACAGUACUGCCCUCUGACGAUGAUGAAAAGUACCGCAAAGCAUUUACAGAUUUAAGACUCGCUACGUCGUCAAGAUCCGCGUCCUCCAUAGAUUUAACCGAAAAUGAUGAUACAUGCGGCUGUAAAACCUUUGAAACUGUGCUAUUCGGGGUACAGACUCGUUUCCAUGUUCCUCAACCUGGCCACCUUGCCACCGAGGUUGUCCGUGGAGGAAGGCUAGUCUGGAGGGGAGGAGAUGGAGAAAGAUGCAUAGCCACAAUAUCUCACUUUAAAAACGGUGAAUUGUGCCUAUUUAACCUGGUAAAGCGGGACCAAGACGGGUUAAUCGAUACCGAAUACUUUGAAAAGGUGGAUGAGGAAUGGAAAGCUAUAAACGUAAUAGCUUUUGAUUCAAAGCUAGAAGAACUAGGAUUUAAUGAUGCUUUAGAAAAGAAUGAAUCUGUACAAGUAAAUGACAAAAUUUUAGUGUAA